GAGGGAUAUGUUAGCAGGGGCCAGUCUGGGAAAUCAAACCACGAUGACAUGGUCUUACUCAGCAGGAACGCCCGUCCAGCCUUCCGGAUCUAUCUGGCUCUAUAGAUGACCUCCCCACAGGAACAGAGGCGGGUCUCAGUUCGGCCGUCAGCGCUUCGGGAUCUACCAGUAGCCAGGGCGAGCAGAGCAACCCCGCCCAGUCACCCUUCUCACCCCACGCCUCGCCCCGAGUCCCCAGCAUGCGCAGCGGGCCCUCGCCCUCGCCGGUUGGAUCACCUGUGGGUUCCAGCCAAUCACGUUCUGGGCCCAUAUCACCUGCCAGUGGGCCAGGUACACAGAUGGCCCCUCAGACCCCAGGGAAUGUCCCAGACGUGGGCUCCCAUUCCACUCACAGUCAGUCGCCCAUGUCUCAGGAGAGAGGAUUUGCACCUAACAUGCAGCGCAAUGUACCUGGUCCCCAGUUUGCAGGGCAGCAGCCGGGACCUUCUAUGUCUCCACACUCCUGUCCCACUGGCCCUAUGCACCAUAGUAUGGGCUCCUAUCAGCUGGGCCCCUCUUAUGGACCCCAGGUGGGCCAGUAUGGUCCUUCAGGUAACUACCCACGCCCUCCUAACUAUGGCGGAGCACCAGGUGCCAACUACAGUGGCCCAGGCCCAGGCAUGGGCAACAGUCUUGGCAUGAAUGCCAGCAGUCCAAUGCACGGGCAGGGUCCAGGGCAACCCUGUGGCUCUUUGACCACGGCUCGAGGACCAGGGCAUGCAGCUGGUGGCCGGCCAUAUCCAGCAGGCUCCAGCAGUGUGGCUCCAACGUCUCCCAACAUGCCUCAGUCUGCUGGCCCAGGAAUGGGUCCACCUCCUCCCAACGUCAGUCGCAAGCCCCACGAGAGUGGCCCUGCAUCUGCCCAGCAGAACCCAGUCCCCUCUGGACAGCCCAGGCAUCUCUUUGGCAGGUCCCCUGUAUACCCUGGCCUGUCUGGGCCUGGGGGACGGCCAGCCUCCUUCCCUAUCCCUCACCCCCAUCACCCUCACUACAGUUCUGGGCAAGGCCAGGGGCAUCCUCACACUGAGUUGUAUGGGCCAGUCGGGUAUCAGGGUGGGUCCCACAUGCUUGGGAUGGGUCCUGGAGGCCCCUACAACCAUCCACCGAGCAACAGCGCAGCCAGGAUGACCCCUCAAGGACCGUCCUACAACACAGUGCCCACAGGGCCCAUGGCAGGCUCAGGUGACAGCAUGAUGCCCACCGAUCCCAAACUGAGAGCUGAGCACAAGGAGGAGGGCAGCACACCCACCACAGAGCCUCCUAAGCCAAAGGACAACUACGGCUCUCAGUGUGUGUCCCAGCCUCCCACCCCGUCCCCUCUGUCCCCCAGCCCAGCUAGUCUGUCCUCUUAUCAGGGGGACGACAGUGAUAGCAUUAGCAGCCCUGCCUGGCCAAAAAACCCCAGCAGCCCUAAGCACAGCUCGGGGAACAUGACAAACGAGAAGAUAACACGGCUGUAUGACUUGGGCUGUGAGCCGGAGAGGAGGGCAUGGGUGGAUCGCUACAUCGCCUUCAUGGAGGAGAGGGGCACACCUGUCCUAAACCUGCCUUCAGUGGGGAAGAAGCCACUGGACCUGUGCCGCCUCUACCUCUGUGUUAGAGAAAUCGGAGGCUUGGCUAUGGUAAAUAAGAACAAGAAAUGGAGAGAGCUGUCCACCCACCUGAAUGUGGGGACAUCCAGCAGCUCUGCCAGUUCCCUCAAGAAGCAGUACAUCCAAUACCUGUUCGCCUAUGAGUGCAAGGUGGAGCGCGGAGAGGAACCCCCACCUGAUGUGUUCACUGUGGCAGAGAGCAAGAAGCAGCCGCAGCAGGCCAAGAUCCAGCCGCCCUCACCUGCAAACUCGGGCUCUCUUCAAGGGCCACAGACUCCUCAAUCUACAGGCAGCAGCACUAUGACAGAGAUGCCAGGAGACCUAAAGCCACCAACACCAGCUACCACACCCCACGGACAAGUGACCCCUCAGCCAAGUGGCAGAAACAGUGGUGUUAGUGUGCAAGAUCCGUUCUCUGAAAGCAGUGACCCAGCCUUUCAAAAGCGAGGCCCCAUGCAUGGAGGAGGCAGUGGAGAUGCCAGCUCUAGAAUGCAGUUUGACACCAGUAAGGAUCCCUAUGGAGCUGCUAGGAAAGGUGGCUCUGAGCCCUUUAUGCCAGGGCAGAUGCCAGGCAGUGGCAUGCAGGAGAUGUAUCCACGUGGACCGCCCUCAGGCAUGGGUAUGGGCCCACGACCCCAGUACUCCUAUAACACUGGUUUUGAGAGGAGGCCAGAGCAUGUCAUGGGUCCAGAGGGGGGAAUUGGCCCCUCUGGAAAUCAGAACAACAUGGUGCUUUCCAACAGUGAUCCCAGCAUGUUCUCAGGCAGUAGAUACGCCUCUCAUCAGAGACAUGGACAUGACGGCUAUGGGCAGCAGUACCCUCACAGUAUGCCAUAUGGUGCACAUGGGAUGUAUGCCCAACAGCAGGGUUAUAAGCGGCCUGGGGAAGGGAUGUAUGGCCCUCCUGCUAAGCGCCAUGAGAGUGAAGCCUAUGGUAUGCAGUACGGUGGCCAGCAGCCUGACAUGUAUAGCCAAUAUGGUUACCCAGAGCGUAGGCCCAUGCAAGGCCCAUUCCCCUAUCAAUAUGGACGCGAUCGCAUGCAGCCAGGUGGGCAGGGACCUCCUCAGCACAGCAUGAUGAGUGGUGGACCACCCCCAUCCUCCAAUUCCAGCGGUGGUCCUCAGGGGAACAUGUGGCACACCAGGCAUGACAUGAGUUACCCUUACCCUGGCCGGCAGGGUCAUGGGGCCCCCUACCCCUCCAUGAGCCGUGGAGAUGAUCCAGAAGUCAGGGCCAGUCAGGACAGUCAGUGGCCUGGUCAGCGUCAAUCCCCCUACCCACCACACUCUUCGUCCUCCGCUAGCUCCAUGCCCCCCAUGGCAAGCCGGCAACCACCUUCUUCCUACCAGUCUCCUCCAGCAAUGCCAAACCAUAUCUCUCGAGUCCCAAGCCCCGCACCAUUCCCUCGGUCUGUGGGUGGCUCUAUGUCACCCAAUAAAGCUCAUAUGAUGGCCUCUAUGAAGCAGAUGCAAAAGCCAGGUGGCCCAAGCUCUCAAAGUGGUGGUCUUCCUGGGCAAGGCUUCCCAGCAAUCCAUCGGGAGGUCACUUACCCAUUAGACUCCGUGGAGGGAACGCAGCCUCAGCUUAAACCCCACCGAAGGUUAACAUCCAAAGAAAUCGGCACACCAGAGGCAUGGCGUGUAAUGAUGUCCCUGAAGUCUGGUUUGCUUGCUGAGAGCACAUGGGCCCUGGACACAAUAAACAUCUUGCUAUAUGAUGACAACACAGUUUCUUCCUUUGGCCUAUCUCAGUUGCCCGGUUUCUUGGAGCUCGUUGUUGAAUAUUUCAGAAGGUGCUUAAUAGAGAUCUUCGGGAUCCUUGAGGAAUAUGAAAUCGGAACAGUGGGUCAGAAAACUCUUCUUGGUCCAUGUUCGGAACCCACAGAAAAAGAGCAACCUUCCAAUCAAGACCUUAAAAGCCAAUCCAAUAAAGAUCAGGUGGAGAGAUUAGAUGUGGAGCCUGAGAAACCUCAGCCAAGCAGCUCAGCAGCAGAACUUAAUAUGGAGAAAAGGGAAGACUCUGCAGAAGGUAAGGCCGACGAAAAGAACACUGGUAAAGAACCAUGUCCUCCAGUGGAGCCUAGACCCAAGCAAGCCAGUAAGUAUGACAAACUCCCAGUGAAAGUUGAGGAGAGAGAGGCUGUGGCUGAUUGUGUGGAGGAUCGAUCAGAACUGCUAGGCCUGGCUGGGGAGUUCACCAGUGGGCUCCUGCAUUGGAAAGCAGGUGGAGGGGACUCUACUGCCCACAUCCAGACCCAUCUCGAGAGACGUAGGGAAGAAGAACAGAAGCCUUCAGAGAAUCAGGAAGGUGUACAGGCUCUUAGUAAAGAAACAGUUGAAGAAGAGCACGGGAGGGAAAAGGAACUGAAAAGAGAACUUCCAGGGCCCUCAGAGGAAAACUUGACAGCCACUGUGGAUGACAUGCUAAGUUCUCGUCCAGGGUCCCUAUCAGAGGGUGAAACUCAGACAUUCCCCUUCCGCAACAGAGAGAAACAGAGCACCAUUACUUUGCUGGAAGAUGAGCCCCGAUGCUGGGAUGAAGCACCUCUUUCGAUCGCCGAGGGCUGGCAGGAUGAGUUGGCCAAGCGCUGCAUGUGUGUGUCCAAUAUCAUUCGUGGACUCUCCUUUGUCCCGGGCAAUGACAGCGAAUUGGCUCGGCACCCAGGUUUAGUGCUCAUUCUUGGAAAACUUGUGCUUCUGCACCAUGAGCACCCUAAAAGAAAAAGGAUGCCCCCUACCUACCAGCGAGAGGAAGAGCGAGGACUGGCUUGCAGCAAGGACGAAUGGUGGUGGGACUGCCUUGGUGCCUUGCGUGAGAACACCUUGGUCACCCUUGCCAACAUUUCAGGACAGCUAGACCUGUCUAUCUAUCCAGAAAGUAUCUGCCUUCCAAUUCUGGACGGGCUUCUCCACUGGAUGGUGUGCCCUUCAGCAGAGGCCCAGGACCCCUUUUGCACGGCAAAUGGCUUCUCCUCGCUCACACCACAGAGGCUGGUGCUGGAGUGUCUGUGCAAACUGAGCAUUCAAGACUCUAAUGUUGACCUUCUACUGGCCACGCCUCCUUUUAGCCGACAGGAGCGCCUCUUUGCCACAUUAGUGCGGCACGUUGGUGAACGAAAGAGUCAGGUGUGCCGCGAGAUGGCAGUAGCCAUUCUCUCCAAUCUUGCACAGGGUGACCCAACAGCUGCCCGAUCCGUUGCCCUGCAGAAGGGCAGUGUGGGAGCCUUGAUAAAUUUCCUAGAGGACAGUGUUGCCAUGGCACAGUAUCAGCAGAGCCCUCACAGUCUCUUGCACAUGGCACACCCCACCCAACCCGAGCCGCCCAGCAUCAACAUGAUGUGCCGAGCCGCCAAAGCCCUGCUGGCCAUGGCCCAAGUGGAGGAGAACAGGCCUGAGUUUGUGCUCUACGAGAGCAGGCUUCUUGAUAUCUCGCUGUCCUCCGUGCUGAACUCUGGUGUGGCAGCCAUCCUGUGUGAGGUACUGUUUAAGCUCGGUCGCUCGUGACAGGCACAAAGGAGCGGGAGCCUAGAGUGCCAUCAUGGGAACGUAUGGCAGAGCUGAGCCACAGAGAUCACACAGAACUGUCGGUGUUAUAUUUUUAUUUAAGGAACAGAACAAACAAAAAUCGUUUUUACAUACAAAUGAAUAUAUAGAGAAUAUAUAUAGCUCCUCUGCCCAUUUCCCAGAUUUCAUUUUGGAUUUUUAAAUGAUUUUAAUACAGAUAUUUAAUACUUGGUCUUUGUUUUUUGUUUUCUAUUCUUUUUUUAUUUGUUUCAUGUGUAUCUUCUUUCAUUUGUUUUAACCAAAGUUGGCAUCUGAUACCGUUAGUUUUUAGAGUAUUUUGCUCUCAGAAUGUUCUUAAUUGUUUUGAUGCGUUUGUUUUCUUGUGGGACUUUGUUUAUUUGGGGAAUGCAGAUUUAUUUAAAUUGUGAGACAUGUUGUAGAUAGAAUUUCUCUUGCAAUGUGUUGCGAUAAAAGAACAAAAAACUAAAAAAAAAAAAUGAUUUUAAGACAUACAUGUAUACAGCUCUGAAAAAAAGCAUUGUGCAAUAGAUUUAGCUGGCUCAGAGGGGAGAUGAUGAAAUGUGAAUGACCACAGGCAAUGUUCUGAUCUGACCACCAGUAUUGCACUGUUUCACCACACCAGUAUCUGAGGGUCAAGCGAGUGUUGGUUCUAAACUGACUUGCUUCCAUAUUAGUGCAGCCACAGAGGGUCCCUCUCUCUGACGGCGAACUCAAAGUGCUUCGGUUACCCCUCUUCUCUAUUCUAUAUCCACGGGUCGAUUUGUAUAUAGGAACUGUACAUUAAAUGGGCCCCCUUUUUUUUUUCUCCAAGAGAUGUGGUAUUAUACAAAGUGAGUAGUUUAUGCUACAUGCUAUUGACAUUUUGCAAAUAAAUAUUAAGUCAUUGUU